UUUCAUUAAUUGGAAUCGAUUGGUGGUCGUUUGAUGGUCUUUGGUAGAGUCCUAGAUAAUAGAGAAGCGACAUUGAAGGGAAUGGUCUGAUUGGCUAACUAAAUCACGUGAUCCAGCGCCAUUUUGUUUCUCCCUUAUGGUUAAAUAAGUGAGGUUAAUGCACGUUAGAGGCCUGCUGCACGUGAGACAACGCGAGACAUUACUGUUUACGGUUGGGCAGCGAUCAUGAAACUUCGAGCGGAACUUUUCACUUUUCACGAUUCCGCUUGUCCAGAUUCCGCGUGAAUUUUUUCAUGAAUUUCAGAGGCAUUACGAGCGAUUAUGUAUUGAGAUAUAUGAAAAGUGAAAUCACUGAAUAUAUGGUAACAUCAGGUAAAGAAAAUUACAAAGAAAUUACUAGUAUCAUCUUAAACCGCGAAUCGCCGAUAUUUCAAGAAAAAUAUAUGUAGUAAAGUAAGUAGCUGCAAACAUGAAUGUGACAAUAAAACAGAAAGAAAUAUUGUUAAAUAAUUUGAAAAAUCAUGCGGAUUUAGUGAAAGGUCGAAUAGACCGAAAAAGUGAAAGCAAACGGAAAAUGAAUGAUAUGUGGAAUAAGGUAGCUGAAAACAUUAAUGCAGCUAAUGCAGGUCUUCGGAAAAAUGGACAAGAAUGGGCAAAGACAUGGAAAGAUAUGAAAUCGUACAUAUUGAAGAAAGAAGCUAAACGAAGAAAUUAUAUACAAGGGACAGGUGGUGGAUCUCCUCCUAAAAUUCCUUUUUCAAGUUUUGAAGAAGAAGUUUUACAAUUGUUAACACCGGAGGCAGCUGGAAUGGAAAAUAUUCCAGAGGGUGGAAUAAUUGAUGAUACAGAAGAGACAGUACAAGAAUGUGGUCCAAAUAAUGAUUAUUAUGAAAUAGUAGAUGAGCAGAAUAUGUUAUCACAUCUAGAAGUAGAAGAAGAUAAUAUAGAAAAUGCAUCGCCAAAUAUUGAUAAAAGAAAGCAAAAGAAUAUUAAUACAGUUACACAAAAAAAUAGUACCAAAAAAGAAAAGUCCACGCAUCAGUUAUCAUACAGCAUAUUAAAUAUUCAAGAAAAGAAAUUGAAAAUGAAGAAAAAAGAAUUAAAAAUUAGAAAAAAAACAUUAAAGGCACAAGAAGAUAUUUUAACUGAGUUGAAAAACAUAAAAUAUAUGUUACAGGCACCUGCAGAUGAAUUAGUAUUGUAAGAUCAUUAACAUAUUUUAA